ACUGAAGAAAGUAAUGUGUUCAAUCCUUGUUUAUCAAUUUCGGAAGGACAUGGGGAAACAUGUUUGGGGGACAUCAAAAAAUGUCGUAAAAGUGAGCAGAUAGAGGCACCUCUGGAUGUUGAAGUUGUUUCUUUUAAUCUUGACAUGUCUAUAGCAAGCCAUGAACCGAAGGUGACAACAAGGGUUGGUCAUAAAUUUGAUCAAAAAACAUUCUCUUUGAUGAAGCAAGCUCUAGAAAUUCAAGCAAAAUUAGCACCCAAGUUUCCCAGUUUUGUGAAAAAUAUGCUCCCAUCACAUGUUGCUGGUGGAUUUUGGCUGGGUAUUCCAAAGAACUUUAGUGACAUGCAUUUACCAAAGCAUGAUGAAACUGUUGUUCUGAUCGACGAAACCGAGCUUGAACAUGAGACCAAGUAUUUCUUCGAAAAGAAUGGACUGGGUGUUGGAUGGAGAGGGUUCUCCAUUACUCAUAAAUUGCAGGAGAACGAUGUUUUGGUUUUUCAUCUGAUCCAGGAAUGUAAAUUUAAGGUUUAUAUCGUGAGAGCUAAUGCCUUGACUGGAAGUGAUGGAAGCGCCUGUGUAGAAGAGAUGAAUUGCGGCGAGGAACAUUUGGAGCACUAUUCUUCUAUCCACUGUGGUCAAAAGAAAGACAAGCAAAUGACUCUUUCAUCAGAUUUAAAAGGUGCUAUGAAAUGCAAGAUACUGGAAGAGGAAGAAGCGGGAGGCACCAUGGGGAAAGCCCAAGGAAUUAUCAUGUAGUAGCACCGAGAAAGCACUACUUUUUUGAGCCCAAACAAUUUAUGCGUUUACAUCCACAGCCUUAACGUGAAAGAUGAUAUAUAACUCUUAUUUUGUGAUGCAUGCGGUUAGAUAGAAGAUGAUACUACAUACAUUGAGACAGUCAACUUCAUCUCUGUUUUUUUUGUGCUGUACAAUGCUUGUACUUUUGGGCGUACUUCUAAAUCACUAUUGGUUGUACACGAUCUUGUGUAACAAGUUGCACUGAAUUUUUAUUCUCUUAAACUGGGUAUUAAUCCUUUCUCAU